AUGUCGGAUAUCCUCCUCUCUAGGCACCUUGUGCAAACGCCCGUGUACCCUACGCAGAACCUGUACGAGUAUCUCGUGUCGAACCAGGGCUUGUGCAACCCGAGCGAUGUUGCGCAAUACCGUGUGGACGGGAAGGCCGUGACCCGCGAGGAGAUCUACCACAUGUCGAGCAAGGUUUCCGCUUUUCUUAAAAAGACGCUGGGUCUUCAGCACGGUGACCGUGUCGCGAUUAUCUCGCCCAACUCGACGCUGUACACCCCCAUCGUGCUCGGCAUUCUCCGCGCCGGGAUGGUGUGCGUGCCGCUAAACCCAAUCUAUUCCUUGGAUGAGUUUGUGCACCCCUUUCAGGACUCGGAUAUAGCUGCAUUCUUUGUCUUCCCGGGCGUCAUCCCCAACGUCCGUCCUGCGAUGGAGAAGGCCAACCGCUCGUUCAAGACGCCUUCCGGCCAAAACGCAUUGUGGCUUAUGGACGAUGGUGACAAUGUCAAGGAUGCGGCUACGGGUGAGAAGGAUUUCCGCACUGUGCUUCCCAACGAUUCGGUCCCUAUCUGCAAAAUCGACUACCCCACCGACCGAACAGCAUUCAUUGUCUACUCGAGCGGCACAAGCGGCAAACCCAAAGGCGUCGAGCUUACCCACGAUAACCUCAAGUCUAACAUGGAAGGUCUUCCGGCCAUUAGCAAAAAUGAGAUUAGCAGCGAAGGGGUCUUGAUCGCAGUGCUUCCCAUGUUCCACAUUUUUGGUCUCAACAUUCUUGUUCUUUCCUCCUACUUGUUUGGCAUGGUGAUGGUUGUAGUGCCCCGCUUUGACCUUGAAGUUUUCUGCGCGGUCGUGCAGAAGUACAAGGUGACCUUUGCGCCUGUGGUCCCCCCCAUGAUUCUGGGCUUGGCGCGCCACCCCAUCGUGGACAAGUACGACAUGAGCUCUCUGCACACGCUCAUGAGCGGCGCUGCGCCUCUUGGCAAAGAACUUGGCGAUGAGUUUGAGCGCCGCCUCACCAAAUCGCGUGUCACGCAGGGAUACGGCCUCAGCGAGACUUCGCCGGUGAUUUCACUCACCCCCAGCGACGAGUACAACGACCACAAGGGAUCCUGCGGCGAGGUUUUCCCCGGCCUCGAGGUGCGUCUUGUGGAUGAGAAUGGCAAGGACGUGGCUGGUAUUCAGGGCGAGGACGGCGUGCCGGGCGAGUUGUGGGUGCGUGGCCGUAGUGUGAUGAAAGGCUACCGCAACAACAAAGCGGCCACCAGCGAGUGUAUCACGCCCGACCGCUGGUUCAUGACCGGCGACGUUGCUAUUCACAAGAAAGGCCACUUGUACAUUGUAGACCGCAAAAAGGAGCUCAUCAAGUACAAGGGCUUUCAAGUGCCUCCGGCCGAGCUUGAAUCGCUCCUUCUUUCGCAUCCCGACGUGCAGGACGUUGCGGUGAUGGGCGUCCAGGACAAGGAGCAGGCUACAGAGUUGCCCCGUGCGUAUCUUGUGCCCAAGCCCAACGCACUGGACAUCAAAACUGCCUCCCAGCAGGACAAGGAUAGCUUCUGCAAAAAGGUCUCGGACUGGCAGGCAGAGCGCGUCGCUAAUUACAAAAAGUUGCGUGGCGGCAUUGUCCUCAUCUCUGAGGUGCCCAAGAGCGCCGCAGGCAAGAUUCUCCGCCGCGUCCUCCGCGACGAGCACCAGCCUGCGUAG